UCAGUUGUUUUCUGGGUGUGUUUGUGAUUAGUUCGAUCUCCUGGAUGGGGAAAAUGGGGCUGAUCACAGCUCCGCGUUGGUGUAUUUUGUUCCUUGUUCUCCUAGCGAUAGGGGUGCGAGCACAAAGUGACGAUGAAACAUUUGAAAGUGCUUUUAAACUGAAUCAAAAUGAAAAUACCCUCGAUGCGGGAAAUCCGCCCUUGGAAUUGGCUGAUUUGAACGGGGGUGAACUUCCGCAUGAACUGAUUGGAAAUGGCGAGGCUUUGGAAACUGAAGCAAAUAAGGAGAAAAUCGAGACGCCGGAAAAUGUUGGAAAAUCUGAGGUGCAGCCGGAAGUCGUCUCGCCCCAAGAUUUGGAAACCGAGCUUACGGACCCCUCGGGGUUCAUUCCUGACGCUCUUGGACCAAAGAGCGGGAGAUAUAUCACUUACGAUUCGGGCGAUCAAGAGUCCUACAGAUAUGCCCCUGCACUCGACGGUGGUCCCGCAAAUUACGUGAUCACGGAAGCAAGACUGGCUGAAAUUCGUUCGGAAUUUAUGUACUGGUACUUCGACAGAGGUGGUGACCAGAACAGGGGAGAUUACCAAUAUGACAUUCACGCCUCGACGGCACGAAUUCAUAAGAAUUUCAACUUCCAGUUACCCUUCUUUGGAUUCAGAUUCAAUUAUACUCUGUUGUCUAUGAAUGGUUACAUAGAAUUUAGUGACCCACCGGAACAGUACACGUACCCUCUGGUCUUUCCGGUGAAAGAUUGGCCCAAGAAAAAUGACCCGAGCUUUAUCGGAAUAUUCUUUAGUAAGUGCAGAAUAGGCAAAAUACGACCCACCGAAAUUGAUCAACGAGAACCGGGUGUUUACUUUAGACAAGAAAGAGAUCUCCAAAAAAGGACGGAUAAAUUCGGAGUCGAAAUGCGUGAAAGAGUAAAAUGGGAUAUCCGUCAGGGUGUUGUUGGCGCGGACAGUUUUGACCCGAAACAUGCGGUUGUAAUUACUUGGAAAAAUAUGUCAUUUGCCGGUGGUAUCGAUAACUCACUCUACCACACCAAUACCUUCCAAAUGGUUUUGGCCACCGACGAAGUUUACACUUAUGCGAUGUUCAAUUACUUGAAUCUUGGAUGGGUCAGUCAUACCGAAGCCGGAGGAGACACAACCGGAGGCAACGGUGGAACACCUGCUUUUGUUGGAUUCAAUGCCGGAAAUGGAACCCAAAGUUACGAGUACCAGCCUUAUUCGCAAACGAUGACGGUGCGUGAUCUCCCGGUAAGAGGAUGGGGGAAUAAUUUUCCUGGACGGCAUAUAUUUAGGAUAGAUGAAAGGAUAAUGUUGGGAAACUGCAACAAGGAUCUAGCGGGGACGCAUCUUCCUCUUACCUUCGCACCUGAGAGCGGUAAUAUGCUCGGAGGAACGGUGGUAAAUAUAACGGGACCUUGUUUCGAACCACACGAUAAAGUGAGAUGCAUAUUCGACAUGGAGGAAGUGUCUGGUACCGUCAUCGAUAAUAAUAGAGCAAUUUGCAUCCAGCCUUCGAUGCAGGCGGAAGGGUACGUCCGUUUUGAAAUCGCAAUUGGAAGCGGAAGGUUCAAUUGGAAGGGAAAAUAUUUUGUCGAAACUCCGGCAACCGCCCAAGAGAAAAUUUUCUUCUCUACCAAGGCUGUGCAUGAAAAAGAUCCUGGUGAGAUCAGAAUAACUUGGAACCAGUUCAAUUUAACGAGCAAUCUGAACGCAGUUCUACAAAUUUCUUUAUGGGGCUAUCGUGAAACGACAAUCCGACCCGAACUCGAGUACAUCGAUUUAUUAGAGGAAGCCACGACGAAUACCGGAUACUACACAAUUAUUCCGGCAAACUUUCGUAAUAGGGACAAUAUUAUGCAUCGUGACAUGCAGUUCGGAUUCAUCAGGAUUAAUCUGACGAAUCCAACGCAGUAUUCUGGCUUGGAUAUUUCCCCUGUGUUAUGGAGUAGGCCUAUCCCAUUGGGAUGGUAUUUCGGACCGCAAUGGGAAAGAGACUAUGGAUUGAAGUGGCCAGAAAAACUCUGCGACAAUUGGAUCAGGAACGACAGAUACUUGAAAAAUUUUGCAGCCGAAGUAGCACUCUGCCCUUGCACACUGGAUCACGCCUUGAACGACAAGGGCCGUUUCAUGCCCGACUUUGAUUGCGACAGAGAUUCGAAUCCCGAUUGUCACUUUCACAGAGGUGCGAUACACUGCGUUAAAACUGGUGCUCCCAAUCUGGACGGUGCGGAACAGCAAUGCUGCUAUGACAAAAACGGCUACCUGAUGCUGACGUACGAUCAGCAAUGGGGCUCUCGACCUGGUCGGUCUCAUAAUUUAGGCUUCCUGCCAUGGAACGAAGCAAACAAAGUUCCGACCCUCUCACAUUGGUACCACGAUAAAGUUCCUAUGUAUCUAUGCUGCAUGUGGCAAGAGGAGCAGGCUGUUGGUUGCGAAACCUUUAGAUUUGAGAGGAGACCGUCCCAAGACUGCGUUGCUUAUCAAGCCCCAGCGGUCGCUACAGUUUUCGGAGAUCCCCAUUUCAUCACAUUUGACGAUUUGGAAUAUACUUUCAACGGGAAAGGAGAGUUCGUACUGACCCGAGUCGAUAGCCUUAGAGAUAAACUUGACGUUCAAGGACGAUUCGAACAGCUUCCAAGUAAUUAUUUCGGCGAAGUUAGAGCCACUCAGCUGACCUCGAUUGCCGCGCGAGGAAAUAAUUCGGCGACCAUAGAAGUUCGAUUGAGGCCCAUGCAUGCGAGAUGGCGAUAUCAUUUAGACGUAUUUGCCGAUGGACGACGCGUAUAUUUUGACAGGACAUCUCUAAAGUAUCAACAUUUUGCCGGUGUAACGGUCUACACGCCAAGUUACAUUCUGAACCAGAGUGAAGUAGUUAUCAUGUUCGAAACCGGGGCAGGAGUCGAAGUCGUUGAAAACGAGGGAUUCAUGACCGCCAGAGUUUAUCUACCUUGGACGUACAUGAACAAAACGAGGGGGCUCCUCGGCAACUGGAGCGCAGAUAUAAUCGACGACUUUACAAAUCCUGACGGCACCAUGGCGGCUGUAACGAACUUGAAUAACUUUGAGUCGGUUCAUAAAGAUUUCGGUAUUAAUUGGCUCCUCGAAGAUCGAGAAGAUCCGCUGAAAGGCGGAGCUUUAUUCACCAGGGAAUUCGGGAGGACGGCGAGCUACUACGCGAACCGGACAUUUGUUCCCGAAUACCGAAGAACUCCCGUCGAAUUCUUAUCACCCGUUAACCAAUCAACAGACAUUACCUUUGCGGCUACUUUGUGCGGCGAUUCGUACCAAUGUCAAUACGAUUACGGAAUGAGUCUCAACCGAGAUUUGGCACAUUUUACAAGAAAUUAUUACGACACCGUUACUCAGAUAAAAGCAAUCAAUAAUAAGCGGACGAUGACCUGCGGGGUAUUGGAAACUCCUCGAUUCGGCAGAAAGAGCAACUUUCUUUUCAUACCUGGCACCAAAGUAACGUUCGAAUGUAAUCAGAACUUUGUGUUAAUCGGAGAUCAACGUCGUACAUGUCUGCCUGACGGUCAUUGGGAUCUCCCAGAGUAUGGUUACACCGAAUGCCUACGACAACAAGAAUUCAGUUCGAGACAAGCUGGCAUUACUUCGGCCAUAGUAUUCGCAGUUAUAAUACCACUAGUUUUGAUACUAGUUUGCAUCGGCUAUCGACUAUUCCAGAAGUGGAAGAAUGAACGAGUUGAAGAGGACCGACUCGCGAGGCAAAGAAAUGCUGCGGAGUUGCAAAGAAUAACAAAGAUCAAUGAAGGUGCUGGAACGCAGAAUCUAAAUCAGAACGAAGGAGCGGUGGACGAACAAGAUGAUGACGACGAAGACGAAGAUCCACGUGUCAUACAACCUUAUACAAGUAAAUCAACGGAAAUUAAUUAAGAAACGGAGCGAGCUAGCUCUGUUAUAGAAUCAUCAUAAUCAGCGAAUUUCAUUACUGAUAUCCUCAGCCAGGUAUCCUUUAUUCGAAAACCGGGAUUUUCGACAUAAAACAAAUAAGACUUUGAGCGAACUCACAGGGUUCUGCAAUAAUCGAUUCAAUCCAUAUAUUUAAUUCCGCAAGUUAGUGACAACAAAUUAGAAGAUAAGUGGUCGUAUAAACAUAUCUAUAUACUUGAGUAACAUGGAAAGUACAAUACACAUAUCUUUACAUACAUGAAUCAUUAUGCUAAUUUAUAAAAUCAAAUAUCAUAUAUUUCAACGCUAAAUAAAAAUUAAUUUUUGAUGACUACACAUAAUAUCAGGGAAAUGUAAUGGAGCCAAUCAUCAAAUUGGCUAGAACAGUGAAAAUUGAACUGCAGUUGUAUAAUUUAGCCCAGUGAAUCAACCCAGUGACCUGCGAGGCAUGAAAAUCUGUUUCAUUGAUUUUAUAUUUCAUUAAUUUCAUGAGAAGUUUUUAUUACAUAAUAUUUUGAACAAUUUUUGUACAUAUGCGAUAGUGGUUUAAUAUAUUAUAUGUACCUAUACAUUGCAUUGGUACUACAGGUGCGUAGUAUACUUACAGAAAAUUAUUGUAUGUAGCGACAUAAUACGCUAAAAUUAAUAGUGAGUUGUAAAAUUUUUGAUUUAGAUUAUUAAUAAUUGUAAAGUUCUCAGAAUGAGUUCUAAAUUGUGUUCAGAUGAAA